UACACAGACAGACGCGUCACAGUUUGUCUGAUCUUUUCCAAUUUCUCCCUCUGUCGUUAAUCUCGCCAGCUAUCGAUGUCAACAAACAUGCAGGCUCAUCUGUCUGUACAGACACAACUUGCCUCGAUAAUGGACGUGCUUAGUAGAGCAGCCGUUGACGAGAUAAGUCAACUCUUUUCCGAGAGCUCGGCUGAUUUGCAGUUGGAGAUUUCUCGCAGCUACAAAGAAAACGAAGCUCUGAAAAUGAGGAUGAAGGUGAUGAAGAACGAGCUUUUCACCCUGCGACUACAAAGGGCGAGUACACCGCGGGGCAGUCGCUUUUCUUUCAGCAGAACUUUAUGCAGGCCUCGGGGGAAACUCGCAGAUAAGACACCUGAGCACCAGACAUCCAUUUACAGCAGGGAUGAUGCCCCAAUUACAAUAGGGGAAGAGGAGAUACCAUCCACAGUCAAAAAAGAGUGUGCAGAUGUGGAGAGUCCAGAUGUCAUCUUGAUAAAAGAUGAGGAGGGUCCUGAGGAUGACUUUGGAGGAUGUGGGCCAGAUGCAGGUCAUGACGAUAUUUGUGGUGAGAAUGUUACCAUGGUGACACCACAGCCGGAACAUGCCACCCAGAGACUAGGUCACGAUGAGGGACCAUACAGCAUGAAUGACCCUCACGGUCAUGGUCGAGGUGAAGGAGCGCUGUGCAGCGUGACCAGUACUGAGAACUACCCUUUCUUCAGAGCCCCAGAACUACCUCAGAGUUUGCCCUCACACUCUGGUCUGCUGCCGGACCACACAAUCAGCCAUCAGAUACAGCUGAACACUCAUUCUAUUGGGGAACCACUGCAAGGCAACCCCCAAAUGAGGGGCUUGCAGAGUGACAGAGGGGGUCUGCCGAGAGGGGAUACAGGAGGACGGGGUCUGAAAAUCGUACAGGUAGCUUCCCUAGAAACCACCCCAACGACCCCAACAACAACCAUGGUAACAGGGGGUGUGACUGUGAGGCGCCCUAGUCUUGUAAACCAGUUCCAGCGCCACCACGUCCCCCAUGGUACCAAGCCGUUGUUCUGUAGCGACUGUGGGAAGCGCUUCUCUCGCCGGCUUGACUUGAUCCGCCACCGAGCGGUCCACACAGGAGAGAAGCCUGUCAUAUGCAACCUGUGUGGGAACUCGUUUGUCAACAAGACGACACUGAGGGUCCACAUGCGUAUUCAUACAGGGGAGAAACCUUACAUGUGCUCCCUGUGUGGGAAGGGUUUCACCCAGAAUGGCAGCCUGACCAUCCAUCUGAGGACCCACUCUGGGGAGAAACCCUACAGCUGCUCCCACUGUGGAGCCUCUUUCAACAACCCCAGCAACCUGCGCAGACACAUGGUCACACACCCAGAGCAGGCAGGGACGCUGACACUCUGACACCCAAACUCACCGGUGGCCAUUGGGGCUUUAGGUUCUUUAUUUUUCUUCAGCAUUCUCUCAUUCUUGUUCUCAUUCAAUUCCAUAUAUGCUUUAUUGGCAUAAAUGGGUUGUUGCCACUGUGGCCAAAGCAAAGUAUAUGAAGUAUUACAUAAAUUAACAACAUUUUUGAGCAAAAAGAAUCAUAUACAGUGAACAAAAAUAUAAACGCAACAUGCAACAAUUUCAAAGAUUUUACUGAGUUAUAGUUCAUAUAAGGAAAUCGGUCAAUUGAAAUAAAUCCAUUAUGCCCUAAUCUAUGGAUUUCACAUGA